GUAAUACAUUUCCUUUCCUAACUGUGCUAAAGAUGGCUUGAAGGUGGCAGCCAGGCACUUUUCCAAUGCGUUUUGUAGAAUUCGAACGUCCCAUCUUCCUAGUACUUCCGGUUUAUCUUGCUCGGAUAGGAUAGGAAAGUUCCUUAGCAAAAACAAGAAUCCGAAGAGGCCCCGAGUCACUUUGGGACACUCUAUUUCGAAUUGUGAACAUGCUUUUGACGAGCGUGUUCCGAAGUGUGAGGCAGGGACUGAAAUUCAGAUCUAUCCACCACAGUCCUGCAUGGAGAAGUCCUCUAAUACCUAUCGUUAUAGAGCAAACGGGCAGAGGAGAACGGGCUUAUGACAUAUAUUCUCGCCUCCUCAGAGAGAGGAUCAUUUGUGUAAUGGGUCCCAUUGACGACGCUGUGGCCAGUCUGGUUAUUGCCCAAUUGCUUUUUCUUCAGUCAGAAAGCAACAACAAACCAAUUCACAUGUACAUCAACAGCCCUGGUGGUGUGGUGACAGCAGGCCUGGCCAUAUAUGACACCAUGCAAUAUAUCCUUAAUCCCAUCUCCACUUGGUGUGUUGGUCAAGCAGCGAGCAUGGGUAGUUUGCUUCUGGCAGCAGGGACAACAGGCAUGAGGCAUUCAUUACCCAAUGCCCGUAUCAUGGUCCACCAGCCAUCUGGAGGUGCCAGGGGUCAGGCCACUGACAUCGCCAUCCAGGCUGAGGAGAUCCUGAAAUUGAAGAAACAAAUCAACCAUCUCUAUGCCAAACACACUGGGCAACUGCUAGAAACCAUAGAGAAUGUGAUGGAGAGAGACCGCUACAUGAGCCCCAUGGAGGCCCAGGACUUUGGUCUUAUCGACCUCGUCCUGGUCCACCCACCUCAAGCCGGUAAAGAUGAGCCUGAGCUGGUUCACAAAGAGUCUGGCACAGCAGCUAGUCCCUCUGCAACCCUGGAGUCUCCAGAACUCAACUCGGUGCCUCAACUGGGACACCCGACCCCACCCCUCUCACUAACCUAAGCCAUAAGUGACCCUGGCAAACUUGUGCAAAAACAUGUAUACCUUUUGUGAUUAUUAAAAAAUGGAAAUUGC